AUGAGCUAUGAUACCAAACGAAUCGACGAAUUUCUCACUCAACUCCGCGAGUUUCCAGUCGACACAGGGUCCAUCUCUGACUCGGAACUCACAUUAUUGUACACAUAUCUCAAGGCCGUACCCGCUAAAGACGGUCGUCUCCAUUGGUUUUGCCAACAUGCCACCUCAACAACAUACCAAGCGGCCUCAUUUCUGAUUCGUCUUCAUGCCUACAAUAGUCCAACAGUUGUUGAAUGGAGAGAGCUUCUACAGCGUUGUUUGAAGAGAUGUGUUGCGUGUGUUGCAGGGCUCCAAAAGGCCAAGGUAGAAUCAAGAACAACUUACUUCGCAGCUUUCGCCCCAGGUAUUGUGCUUAACUUCUUUGCAAGUUUCGAGGAGUGGGAAACGUCGCAUGUCAUUGAAAGUAUCCCGGACAACUCACUCGCGACUUCCCCCGCUCUUUGUUACCACAUAAUGUCCAACCUAGCUGUGUUAGCCGACCCUCGAAUUACAACCAUUCUGCGCCGACAGCCUCCUUCUGGUUUUUUCGAGUCUUGGCCAUGCGAUCCUGUGCCACCAGGAGUUCUUAUUCUGUUAAUGCAUGAAGAUGGUGGUCUGCGUAAAUGGGCAGAGGCACAAGCUAGUCGGGCUACGGUUAUGCCUAUCGCAACCAACGACUUCUCCCGUGUUCACGUCAAAGUCCUCAGUAUUAUGAUGGAGUCACUCAACCCCGCAACGCCGCGGGAAUAUGGAAUCUCAGCCAAUCCUGAUGUACUUUGGGCUGCUUUCAACUCCGCUCUCAAAUAUCUGCCAGACCCGCACUUGACUCCGAUCUACCAACUCGUCCUAGGUCAUUUGCAUGAUACUGGGCCCCAAUUCUCAUAUAUCCUGUCGAGUUUCAAGUUUCUGACAUUUGCUGUUGGACUUCGGUUCUGGAAGGAACAAGGAGCCGAUUAUCCACAAGUCGUUUUUGAUUCCAUCAAAGACAACCCGUCCUUCGAACAGCUAUUGACCCAGAACGAACCUCCGGAACCUCCAAACAUGGAUAAUUCAUCACUAUCGUGGUGUCUAGUGUUCCUAGCUGCUCUCGAUGUGCACCCGUCAAGUGGCGACAUCAUCUCCAAGAUUGCAGACUUUCUGUGCGAAGAGUUACAGCACGAACGCUUCGGAGCUGCAAGGCCAGGAAUCAUGUUCACAGCAAUCAAGAUCUUCACCCGAAUCCUCAGAAACAAGAAAUAUCAACCAGAGGUGUCGAAAGUAUUAGGCAUUCAUGCUGAUGUUAUCCUCGCCGUUGCGUUUUCGGCCUCUCAUAGCACUCCUCCUUGGGCAUCCGCUAGAUCUUUAGCCUGUCGAUUUCUGAAGCUUGUCACCGCCGCCGACGUCGAUCUCCUGCUUGGGGCUGUUGCGACCGCCUUCGCCACUGCCAAGAAGACACAGAAAACUCGCAUACCAUACGAUAAUCCCGAACCGCGGUUAGUUGGUGGACCCCGAAUUUGGAGUGGUUUGUACCGCUCCCUAGCUCCAGGAAAUGAUCAGGGAAUGGCGCUUGUUCUCGAAGUAUUGUCGCGUGCCGCACAUUUAGAUCAUCUUGCCCCACAGUUUUUCCAACUCAAACAAGUAGAUGACCUUGCCAUCAAUCGUUGUCUGAGCGCUUUUUGGGAAGGUUUAAGUGAAGGGCUUUCGCGGUAUAUCCAGAACAGUCGCACGCAGACUCUCGUCGAUUUCCUCCAAGGACCAGGUGUCGCUCAACAUGUCUUCGCCCUUCUUUUUUCGCCCAGAGAAGACGUCCAGCUCAAUGCCGAAAGUCUUGUCGGUCUUGCGUUUGAUGUUGACGGUCGCCAAGACUGUUAUCGCGCGCUUUUCCAGAGGUACCCCGAUGCGGCGUUUGAAGCGCUUCUUGGCGUGUUAAACCGAUUCAACGAGCACGUAGAAGCGGCAAUAGAGGCUUGCAGCCUUGGACGACACAUGGUUUGCUAUUUACAAGAUGUCAUGGAAGUUCUAUUCGCCCGACCAGGAGGAUUAAUGCAUCGUCCUGGUUUCCUACAACCUGUCGACUCCGAAGAUCUCUCUUCCAAACUUCCGGAGCUAUGGCUUUGUCUCAAUCGUGCCCUUUCCCUCCUUUUCAAAUUCGCACCUUCCUGGGCCACGAAAUUCGAUCAUGAAGAUAUGGUCUACUGGAUGCGCGAUGCUCUUUUAUUAGGUCGCGAGGUGUUUUCCCAGUUCCGAACAUUUGAGAGUUUGGCGAACCCCAAAUCGGCGGAGCCAGGUAGUGGCCUCUCGAAGGUUGGGCACAUCCUUGUCAAUGGACUACAGAUUGUGUUGCCUGAGCUGGCUAUCUGGUUGCGUCUCACGGACGAAGAACUCCUCCACCAGAUGUUUGAACUGCUCGCAUUUUUGCUCAAGAUUUUCAGUGAGGCCCAUGUUCGGCCUCAGCCCGCUGCCAUGACAAAAAUGCAGAAGCACAUUGAUGCGGCUAGUGAUAGCACAAGGAGUCGUUUAGAUGCAACCCGACUCUUGCGUCUCGAGAAUGAUCUAGCAGCGUUCACGGAUCCGCCACCUCGGCCGGUCGGCCCCCCCGAAUCUAAACCAGAGAAGCAGCCAAAACCGGAAAAACAGCCCAAACUAGAAAAGUCAAGACCAGAGAAACAGUCAAAACCAACCUUUGCCACAAUCAUUACAAAACCUGUCGCUCCUCGAGACCAGCGCAAGUUCGAAAUUACUUCCGUUUCAGCGCCGGUUACUUCCAAGUCCGCUGGGCAAGCACCAUCUUCGCGACGAGCUUCAGAAGUCCCAUCACGACCAUCCUCUGAAGCUCCGACAGAUGCUUCCACCGCAGCUGGUGAUGACUCCAGCUCGUCGGACGAUGAGGGAGACCCAGACCGACGCGGGGCAUUGGCCGGACUGUCUCAUAUGCAGCGUUCACCGAAAAUCAACAAGAAUCGAAUGAAGCCAACCCGCAAAGUACAGAUGUACGAAGUACCCACAGUUCCCAAUCCAAUCCAAGAUCGAUUAGAACGUCGCGCUGAAGAAGCUCGGAGGAGACAGCGCAUGGCACCGGAUACUUCCACGCUGUCUAAGGCGAUUGUCUCCUGGGACUACAACUUCACGGGGAAAAGUCGACCUUCUGACUUCUCUUUCGAUGUUCUCCCGGUUCCGGCAGACAAAUUUGUCGAUUACGAGCACUACCGUCGCGUGUUUUAUCCCCUUUUGCUAUUGGAGUGCUGGGCGCAGAUCGUACAAGCAAAAGAAGAACCACAAACAUCAUAUCCUUUCAAAAUCUGCAGUCGCGCCUUCCAAGAUGAUUGGGUUAACAUUGAUUUGGUUUAUGAAGGCAGCAUCCAGAAAGAUUGGCGUGUCACUGACCAGGACAUCGUCGUGAUGCAGAAAGCAAACAUUGCUAUCAUGGGCAAAGUUGUAUCGUACAAAGCACCAAUGGGCAAGCCUGUCGAACUUGUUGUCCAAUGUCUAGCACGACUCGACCCUGGUUUGUUGCUCAACACGGUAUGGUCAGUGAAUGUCGUACUCAGCUUGAACACAGCAAUCCGAGAAUAUUCAGCGCUGCUUGGACUGCAAUUCUACGAUGUCUGUCCUGCAAUCUUGCGACCAUCCCUUCCACGAAUCCGUUCUGCAAACCCGCAGACCGUCCAGAAAAUCAUGACUCGCCAUCGCGUGAAUGAGCCGCAAGCUGUGGCCAUUGCAAGUUGUCUUGAGACCCCUGGAUUCUCUCUCAUCCAAGGGCCACCGGGAACAGGCAAAACUAGCACUAUUGUUGCCCUCGUCAAAUCGCACCUUGAGCGACGUGCUCGACGUAUCAUUGCCCCAGGCAAGAACAAGAGUGCCAAACAGGACGGUCCUGAACCACAAAUCCUGAUCUGCGCUCCGUCCAACGCGGCGAUUGACGAAAUCGCCCAACGAAUACGCGACUCGGAUGUCUUCAAAAAUGAGGGUAAAAGCAUUGUUCGGCUUGGGCCCCUUAAAUCUAUGAAUCCGAAUAUCAUAGACGUGUCGUUAGAGAACUUGAUGGAGGAAAAGCUGGAAACCAAUAAGGAUACUGGCCUUGUCGCUGAGAUUGCAUCGCUCAGAGCCGACAUCCAGGCGGUGAAAAAUCAGAGGGCUCAGAAGCUUCAGGAGUUGGACGCCAUCACGGACAAUUCUGCUCGUGCUACUUUGUUGCAAGAUGAGAUUACACGGCUUAACUUUCGACGGACGAACUUUGCCAAAAAGCUGGACGAGUUGAAGGACGAUCGAACCAAGAUGAUGCGUGGCUUGGACUCGAGGCGGCGUAAACUCCGUUUGGAAAUCCUCCAAGGAGCCCAUGUCAUUUGUGCAACACUGAGCACUUCUGGCUCGGAAUACCUCCAAGACUUGGAGAUCGACAUGGUAAUUAUAGACGAAGCUUCGCAAGCGGUAGAAUUGAGCACGUUGAUCCCACUCAAAUACCAACCCAAAUACACCAUUCUCGUAGGGGAUCCUCAACAACUCCCGCCGACCGUUAUAUCUGAUGAGGCACGCAAAUUCCAGUACAACGAGUCCCUUUUCGUUCGCUUGCAGAAAACAUGUUCUAACGCCAUGCACCUGUUGAGCAUCCAAUAUCGAAUGCAUCCCACGAUUUCUCUUCUCCCAAGCACAGUGUUUUACCAGUCGCGGCUCACCGAUGGUCCUGACAUGGAGAGGAAAACCAAGCAGCCCUGGCAUGAACACGCGAAGUUCGGGGUUUACCGUUUCAUGAACAUCAAAUCCAUCGAGGAAAAGGCCGGCCGGUCGCUCAAGAACAUGACUGAGUGCCGAAUUGCAGUUGCCUUGUUCUCCCGCCUUCGCAAGUCAUUUCCGAGCAUCGAUUUUGACGGCAAAGUUGGCGUCAUCUCGAUGUAUCGGCUACAAAUCCUAGAGCUCAGAAAGCAUUUCAUCCAGACAUUCGGGGCUGAUAUUGUGCAAACGGUCGACUUCAACACGGUCGAUGGCUUUCAAGGGCAGGAAAAGAGUAUCAUCAUUCUUUCGUGUGUCCGUGCUGGGCCCUCUCAGGAGACGAUUGGAUUUCUGUCGGACAUGAGGCGAAUGAACGUGGCACUCACCCGGGCGAAAAGCUCGCUCUUCAUUCUCGGAAAUGCUCCCACUCUUUCCCGAAGCAAUGAUACUUGGAAGCACAUCAUCGACGAUGCUCAGUCGAGAAAUGCGUUGAUCGAUGUGGAUUCUUCUUACUUCACCGCCCCUGAUCCCAUGGUCACUCGCACACCCUCUUCUUCCUCUCCAACGAAAAUUAAACCGCCUCCCGUCCAACCUGCUGUGCCAACAAAUUUAGUCACCCCACGUGAUCUAAAGAACAGUCUUGAUCGUCGCACUUCGGUCUCCUCCCAGCCUGUUGCCUCAUCUUCCAAAAUUCUCCCAACUGCUACGGAAGCUGUGACACGGAAACGAAAAACAGAGAACGAAGAAGACGGUCCCGCACCCAAGAAACCUGCUCUUCAAGGGCCGCCAUUGACAAGCUCACUCGCCACUGGGACAGCGUCUGCCCAUCAGCCAGUCGACAGUGGGUUGAAGCGUCGUAUAGAGACACAAGAUGGCCCACCAACGAAGAAACAGAAUGUGAAGCCACGUCCUCCACGCACCAAGGAUCCAGCAGCAAGCCUGUUUAUUCCCAAGAAGAAGGCCAAAUAG